CUAAAUACAGAAUACACGUCACAUGUCUUCACAGAAUUUCAAACAGUGGUUUAAUCUCGCUUGUAAGUUUUCAGCAUAUUUGCAACGCAGAAGGAUGAGUGGCUGCAUUAUCGGGUAAUGAGUUCGUUGUAUGCAAUGAUAACAUUCAUCAACAUCCAGGAUAUUGCCUUAAGGUGUAAUUCAGGCGUCUCAUAGUCGAAGAAGGCAAUGCACAUGAAUUCUCUCUGCAUCACCUUUUAUCAAAUAUGAUGCAACUCGAGAAACACGUGUUUGAAUGUUUCGAAGAAGAUAUUCGAUGUAGCGUAGAUCCAGGUACGAUAACAACUGCAUUAUUCAAACAAGGUGACAUAGACCAAACUUUGUUUGAUGACAUCCAUGCUCAAAUCCGCGAAGGAAAAAAUCGCGACGAGAUAUGGAAAAUACUGUUUCUUCAGAUUUCUUCAUGCUGCUCCUUUGCUAAUGUUUGGAAAGCUCUCCAUAGCUCUGGAUAUGAGUAUAUAUCAAUCAAACUGUUACUGACAUACUGGCAACGUAAGUUCCAGUCAGGACCAGCGCAAGGUCCAAGUAAUACAGAAGGCGCUGAUAAAGACUACUUUCUGCGCUUGAAGAAAUGUUUUCAUGAUCAAGCGAUCAAAGAACCCCAUAAGUUUUUACAAGAGAGAUCAGACAAAUUCAAGAAAAAAUAUGAAAGUGCCGAUAGCGACAAGGAUAGGAAGUCUCAUGCCGACCGAUAUGCAGAUUGCCUGUGUAUACUCAUUGAUACGCAGGCGAUGGCUUUUACAGAACAAUUGCCCUCUCAUGACAUGUUUGAUAGGCUUAAGUCCGUCAUUCCAGCAACUAGUAACCCAUUGGUUAUAGAAAGUGCAUAUUACUCUAGGUUGGCUAUUGCGUAUGGCAUGGUUGGCAAAUUUGCCGAAGGACGUGAAUUCAUGACUCAAGCACAAAUGGCCGCCUUUCAGGGCGAACAAAACGCUCAGUAUGUGUACAAUAUGCUUUACAUCCACAUUCAUUUCAUUUGCAUGGAGGUGGAUACCCCAACGUCGGAUGAUAUCAAUAUAAUACUAGAUCUUACCAAACGUUUCCUGCAGAGCCUUUCAAUUCAUGACGAAAAAGCACUUUUCUGGCGCAAGAUGACCGUGCUACGGAUAACUUGUUUUCUGAUUGGAAUCAGUCACAAAGGUGUUAUCAAUAAAGCACACAGAGUCGAGAAAAAGCACGUGUCUGAAGCUAAGCAUUACCUAGCAAUCAUUGAUGAAAACUGGGAAGGAAUCGAAGACAUACGCAAAUUGUUCUACUACGUAUGCAAGGCACGAAUCCAGGAACUAGAACUACAAUUCGUAUCUGACGAAUGUGAUGAGGGGGACAUUAAGCCAAAGGCCGUUGAUUGUCUAUAUGCGGCCGUUCUUCAGUUGGAUAAGACAAUUGCUGAAGACCCAGAGGGAAACUUCCGAGAAACCCCCCUCGCUUCUAAAUACUCUCGUUGGUUACAUGAAGUAAUCCAAAAGGCUCGGGAAUAAGACAUUGGUCUCGGCGUUUUUAUAUUACGCCGUGAAAUAUAAUCCAAAAACAAGAAAACAAAAUUCAUGCUUCGAAUACUCUGAACUAUAUGUUAAUCUAAAUGUGAUUGAUAUUUGUAUGGUCAAAUACAUAAGUGAUUUAAAGUCAAAUUCCAUACGUAGAUCUUUAGGCUAGAGCUUGAAUUCAAUUUUAGCCGACCGAAUUUGUGGAUAAUGAUGUAUCCGUUGCCACUACAUCUGCUCCCACAUUGAGAACGUGAUGUUAAUAAGAAUGGAGGAGUGUUUACUUAGAGAGAGACGCUGGUAUAGCAUAUACACUUUCAAAAUGAAACUAAAGUGUUUCGUCAUAUUUUGCCUUGGGUUCUGGAUAUUGAGUUGAAGGCGAUAUUUAAAAAAAACAUUUUUGAUAAUGAAGAUUUGUUUGUUUUCAUGUUAGUUUUAAAUAAUAUUGGGCUUUGUAAAUAACGUUUGAUUGCUAGCUACAUGUAAGUAUAACAUACUUUUUUACUUAGAUUAAUGCUUAAUAAGAGAAAGUUUUAUGAAGUCACUUUUAAAUUUAAGAUCAUUGCUUGAUAUAACAUUGUUAAAUACACAAUGUGUCUUGUCUGUUUUAUUACUAUAUCUCUAUCUGAUAAAGUUUAUUUCGUUAAAACAAGGGCAAUUAUACAUUCCGAGUUUAUAUGUGUUUGAAGUUUUAAAAACCACCUAUCCCCUCCUCCGCUAAAAGUUAAAUGUACUAAUGAUUGAAUCAUUAUAAUCGAGGAUAAAGUAAUUUUUCUACCUAAUUAAAAAUAAUUUAGCAUUCGUAUUAGAUGAUUCAUUUA